UGUACUGUGUCCGCAGUCUCUGGUCAUCUCCUGUACUGUCUGCAGUCUCUGGUCAUCUCCUGUACUGUCUGCAGUCUCUGGUCAUCUCCUGUACUGUCUGCAGUCUCUGGUCAUCUCCUGUACUGUCUGCAGUCUCUGGUCAUCUCCUGUACUGUCUGCAGUCUCUGGUCAUCUCCUGUACUUCCAUUUCUGCCUCUAAAACCUAGGUGCGUCUUAUGGUCAGGUGCGUCUUAUGGAGCGAAAAAUACGGUACUU